CAAAGAGAGGCGGAAGCGCGAGAGAGGUAGCGAAAGCUCCCUAAUCUCCUCCUCCUCUCGCUCUAUCUCCGCCGAAAUACUCUUGUUCGAUUUCUUCAUCAAAGUUAUAUCUUUUCCUUUUUUUCCGGGCUCUUGUGCCCCGGUGGUUGUUGAAAUCCAUGUUUGUCUGUCAUCCAUGGAUCCGUCUCUGAGCCAAUCCGCUCCAUCUGUCGAAGAACACGAGUGGGACAGUGAAGAUUUUGUGAUCCCGAGCUUGUCUAUUGAGGACUCUGACUUCAUUAACAACAAUGUUCCUGUAGUGAGGGAUCCUAAAGUUCCACCACAGAAACAGAUAAUCAAGGAGGAAGAGAAGAUAUACUUGGGGCCUCACGGUGCGCCACCUUCUCAAACCAAACAACCAGAGCUCCCGACGGCUACUGGCUAUAAGCAGAAAUUGAAGCAUAGAGUGAAGGUAGCGGAUCGUAAGUUUCGUGGGACAGGGCGAGAAAACAAGGUGGAAACUUUGCGAGAGCUAGUAGGCAGUAAGGUAAGCAACAGUUACAGCACCGGCACCAUGUCAAAGGGUUCACCUCGUGAUUGGCUCGAUCCGCAUUGCCAUGAAUCUCAGUUUGAUAAAUACUCCCGCUGAAAAUCAUAAUCAAGUGAACUUAUAGAAGACAAUUUGCAAUUAAGCAAACUCCUUUCUGGUUAAGGUUAUGUCUCAGUAUUGCAGAUAUUGGUUAUCAGUUGGUGUCUGUGCUUGCUUGCUACAUUAUAUCUAUCUUAUGUUAUUCCAGAAUAUAUUACUCUUUUCUU